AUGUCAUCUUCUGUUGUAUAUACUGUCGACGUUGAGUGCUCUAAUGACUCUGGUGCACACAAAGAUAACAUCCGGUGCAUAUCCCAACACGAUCAAAAUGAAUUAAUAAUCGCCUGUGAUAGCAUUAUCUCCAUAGUGCCCCCAAAAAAGGAUGGGGAUAAAUUGUAUCGCCUGCUAUUCUUCCGGGAUGACGACGACACAUGCGACCAUGAGAGCAAACACACGUUACUCGAAAGCAUCCAGCUAGCUACUUUACCUCCACAAUUGCAAAAGCACCUGUUUACGGAGUUGCCGCCUUACCUACGCUCCUCUGGUCCUGAAGGGGCGAAAAUAGAUAUUAUUGUUUCUACCACAUCUGGAACAGGAACAGGGGCGAGCUUCUGUAGCAACAUCCUACGGCCGUUACUGUCAUACAUCGGAGUAGCAGAUUAUGAGCUCCAUGAGACGAAGUCGACUCAAACUAUCACAGAUUUAUGCUACGAAAAGUUCAUUCCACGUGCCAAGCAAAGACUUCCGCAGACAAUUAUUCUCCUCUCAGGUGAUGGAGGCCUAACCGACAUAAUUGAUGCCUUCCACAGUACCCUGGAGAGUCUUCUCGUGCCUCCAACCAUUGCUCUCAUCCCCACUGGAACAGGAAAUGCUAUGGCGAAUUCAAUAGGAUUGUUGACGUACCCAACGGCUAGUUUGGUAGCAUUAUUACAAGGAACACCGACUGGUGUACCUACAUUUGUCGCCGAACUUUCACCGGGAGCGAGAUAUAUUAUUGACGAAGGCCGUGAAAGAGUUCCCAUUACACGCAAUUCGGCGAGCUUUCAAGGAACCCCCAAGGUUUACGGUGGCGUUGUUGCGAGUUGGGGUCUUCAUGCGGCAUUGGUUGCCGAUAGCGAUACUGUUCAGUAUCGCAAGUUUGGAGCCGAUAGGUUCAAGCUAGCCGCAAAAGAAUUGCUCUACCCUUCUGACAGUGCCGAACCCCAUAAGUUUAGCGGCAAGGUUACACUUUUCAAGUUGGACGACCAAAGUAGGAGCACGCGCGAAGAACUGCUGGCGUGCACCGAGCAUAUGCCUUUGGACGGUCGGCUGUGGAUGGUUCAUUUUGAGCCAAUGUCAUCAUCAAAGGUUAUGCAAGUUAUGGCUUCUGCAUACCAGGCGGGGCAGCACGUGGAGGAUGAAAGUGUCUCUUAUGUUGCAGAGGUCAAGCCUGGGGUGGCCACUGCCAUAGCCCCUGGCUCAGUUACAUUCUGGUAA